CGCCAGCUGCUAUGGCGUCGGGGGCAGGGCAGGCCACUGAUACGCCCUCCGGGUUCGAUUUCGGGUCCGACAACAUUUUUUGCUCCUACGAGGAUCGCGACAAUCCGGAUGGCUGUAGUGGACUCCAUCCCGAACCUUCCUCCGGUUCUAAUUCCCCCAAGGACUUUAACAAAAACCGAAUGGCAAGGUCAUCCGCAUAUCCGGCAGCAGCUUAUAGUCCAUUGGAAGAGUCUUCAGGUAAUCGAGUUGUUGCCUCUACCAUUGAAAAUACAAUGAAGAAGUACACAGACAGUGUCAUGCGUUUUCUUGAGGGCAUCAGCUUGCGGCUAUCACAAUUGGAACUAUAUUGUUAUAAUCUCGACAAAUCUAUUGGUGAAAUGCGUUCUGACUUGGUUUCUGUUCAUGCAAAGUCUGAGUCAAAGCUCAAAUUGCUGGAAAUACAUAUUGAAGAGGUUCAUCGGUCUAUCCAGAUCCUAAGAGACAAGCAGGAACUAGCCGACACUCAGAAGGAACUAUCAAAACUUCACCUUGCUCAGAAAGAAUCCUCUUCCACCGGAAAUUCUCAACAGAGUGAUGAUCGAGAUAGAGCUGCUACGCCAACGUCCGAACGCAGAGACAGCAAUAACUCCUCCGAUUCCCACAAUCAGCAGCUGGCACUCAUUGUAUCCCAUCAUGUGUCCCCUCAGCCUUCUCGCCACACCCAACCACAGCAGCCGCUCGACCACCACCAGCAACCUCAUCUGGCAUCCCUCCCACCAUCAAUGCCUGCAUAUUACUUAACCACACCUCAAAUGAUGAACACCGGAGGAGGCGUAACUCAACCAUCCCAGCCUCAAUACCUUAAACCGCUGCCUCAUGUCCAAGACCACUCCAGAAUGCCAGCGCCAUCUGUGCAUUAUCAUGUAAACCCGAGCUCACAUCCGCAGCCUGUGUCUGCAUUUCUGCCACAGUGGUCUCAGCAACCGCCCCAACAGCCUGUUAUGCAGCCAAAGAUCAGAAACCCUUCCCAAGUGGUUUGCUCUGGCUACAUGACGAACCAGUCGAACCCCCCCACACCAGAAACGGCUUCAAAUACCAUGCCUGUUCAAGUACCAUUUCCCGGGCCACCCCAGCCUGGCUUCACCAGUCAUGAGGCAACCUCUCACGGGUAUGGUGCUGGAGGUCGGCCGAUACAGCAACAGCCUUCAAUGCAGCACAUCAAGACUGCAUUUUCCACUGCCCAACCCCAACCCGGGAACAGCUACUCACAUAGUGGACCUCGCCCGGCUCUUCACUCAGGAAACACAUAUCUGAUCUAUGAAGGUGAAGGAGGACGGCCCCCUCACCACCCUCCGGCACAGGUUCAUUUCCAGCAAAGUAAUUUCCCAUCGAAUGCAGUCCAGCCCCAGAGACCACAGCAGGUGUCGAAUAUGGUAGCUCCUCACAUGGCGCGGAGCCAUCCUUACAGCGAAUUGAUUGAGAAGCUGGCAGGGAUGGGCUACAGGAGCGAUCAUGUUAUCAACAUAAUUCAGAGGCUCGAGGAGAGUGGUCAGGCGAUCGAUUUCAAUGCUGUCCUCGACCGGUUGAAUGCACACUCUGCUGAAGGAUCUCAGAGGGGAUGGUCCGGGUAAAACUAACUUCAUCUAUUUUACCUGAUUACUCCUGCUUCCAUAGCUAACACUUUGUAGUGAAUACGGAAUAAAUCGAGCAUACCCAAUUUUGGUGAAUGCCGGCCCGGGAUGGAGAGAUGCUUUUAUACACACUCUUCUUCCCAAUGUAGUCGCCGCUGCUCAGGCGACGGCGACAUACUUGGCUCCAUGACUGGUAAUGGUUUCUUUUCUUCUUCUUCUUCCCUAACAGCAGCCGUAGUUCAUACAUUUUUAUGUCGUUUUGUUCAUCUUUGGUGCUCUUGAUCGUAUAGAUUUGUCCAUUUAUGGAGUAUAUAGUCUCUGGUUUUCUGAAUUCAAAUUGGAUAAGAUUUUGAUGUUAGAAAACAGCAUAAAAAUGUAUGUAUAUGCUAGAGAACCUCUUUUGUUGAACAUUUAUCUCCAUGUGUUGAUCAAUUUUGUUUGUAUGCAUGUAUUAUUAAGAAAAAAAUUAAAUGACAAUGGAAUUAAAA